ACAGAAAAGUAGACAGAGAUAGAGGCAGAGAAUCAGAAGAGAAAAAAUAGAGCCUGGGAUGGGAGCAGAACUCAGGAGAGGGAGGAUAGAGACUGGAGGCAGAGACUCAAGAGAGGAUAGAGACUGAGUCGGCAGAGAUUCAGAGAGAAGUCGGUGAGGGGGAAGGGGGUGGCAGAGACCCAAGAGGGAGGAUAGAGAUUAGGGGUCAGAGACUCAAGAGAGACAGGAUAGAGAUGGGGGUGCAGAGACUCAAGGGAGGGAGGAUGGAGACUUGGGGGGCAGAGACUGGAGGAAGGAUAGAGUCUGGGGAGACAGAUACUCAAGAGAGGGAGGAUAGAGUCUGGGGGACAGAUACACAAUAAAGAAGAGGAUAGAGACUGGGGAGGCAGACACUCAACAGAGAAGAGGACAGAGACUCAAGAGAGAGAGGAUAGAGACUGGGAGGGGCAGGGACUCAAGAGAGGGAGGACAGAGGCUGCGGGGCAGAGACCCAGAGACAGAAUGUCCACAUUAGGGAUGUGGUUUGGGAGGGAUCUUCCUCCACCGAGUCCCUACCUACCUCUCCUACCCUCAGACUACGAUGAGAGAAGCCACCUGCAUGAUGCCUUCACUCAGAUGACCCACUCCCUCCAGGAGAUGGCGGCUGCCCAGUGGUCCUUUCUGGUUGCCUUUCCUGAUGCCGUGGAGAAAAUGAAGAAUGUGAUUAUUCAGCUUAAAGAAGUCCAGGCCUGCAUCCCUCCCUGCGGACUCCAGGAAGCCUCCCGGCGUUUCCGCUGCCGCGGGUGCUACUCCACCGUCUGCGACCUCCCGCUGGACUGCCCAAUUCAGGACGUGACGGUGACCCGGGGUGGUCAGGCUAUGUUUUCUUGCGCUGUGAACUUCCCGCUUCCAAAGGAGGAGAUCACCUAUUCCUGGAAGUUCGCAGAAGGAGGUCUCCGGACUCAGGACGUGACCUACUUCCGAGAUGUGCCACGAGCCGAAGGAUACCUGGCGCGGAUCCGGCCGGCGCAGCCCACGCACCAGGGGACCUUCUCCUGCGUGAUUAAGCACGACCAGCGCCCCCUUGCGCGGCUCUAUUUCUUUCUUAAUGUGACGGGCUCGCCUGCGCGCGGGGAGACCGAGCUCCAGUUCAAGUUUCGGGAAGUGCUGCUCUGGGCUCCGCGAGACGCGGAGAUGAUCGAGCCCUGGACACCGAGCCUGGGAGAGCUGCUGGCCAGGCCCGAAGCUCUGACGCUGAAAAACCUGUGUCUGCUCGCGGCUGCCGCGGCCCUCGCAUCAGCGAGUGCGAUCCUGCUGAUUUGGAUGUUCUUUCGAUGGUACUUUAGCGGCAAUUAAUAAAGGUAUCUCGUCUGUCAUUAUCCUAUUUCCAUCCUUCAAAUAAAGAACAUAUUUCACUUC